AGGUUACUAUGUUUAAAGCUGAGUGUUAAUAUUCAUGACUUAAGUCUUUGCCAUUGGACGAUAUCGACGCAACGUAAUUAAUAUUCAUGAGCAAGCCAUCACCAUUGGAAGCUUGCGCAGCACAGACCUGAUUAACAUUUAUGAGCGAUAUCCCUAAGCUUUCGCGUCUCUGCGAGUCACAAAGUUUUAGCGUUAUCUGUUGUAUGGCACACGAUGAGCCUUGGACAUGCAACAUAGCGUGAUUUUGACCAUCUGCAAGCUUACAAUAGAGGAUGGACAAGCGACAGACCGCACCACAGUCAAACCCCGAAACCCCAGACAGUCCCACAGGGGCUCAUGUUGAAUGGUGCAAACAACUGAUUGCAGCCACAAUGUCAAGUCCAAUCUCUGGAUCCAUCAGCUCAGAGACGAUUUCUAGAGAGUGCAAGGACUGUGAUGUGGAGGUUAAAGGAUUUCUCUUGGACAGUGACCCUCAACAGACUGCCCCCUCUUCGGCACUCAGAGAAGGAAAUAAGCAGGCUCAAAUGGAGGAGGCUCCACGUGUUCCCGGAGAAACCAUCAAGGCUAUCGUCAAAGACGUCAUGUAUAUCUGUCCAUUCUCUGGGGUUGUGCGAGGGACUCUCACCAUCACUGAUUACAAGCUCUACUUUAAGAGCCUGACACGGGAUUCUCCGUUUGUUCUGGAUGUGAAUCUUGGAGCCGUAAGCAGACUUGAGUCUAUCGCUGUUCAGAGUCACGGAGACAACACUCAAGGACUUGAGAUAGUCUGCAAGGACCUGAGAAACCCCCGGUUUGCGUACAAGAAGGAGGGACAGAGCGAUUUGGAGGUGUUUGAAAUAAUGUCCAAGUAUGCGUUCCCUCUCUCACACAACCUGCCUCUCUUUGCCUUUAAAUACCGAGAGAAGUUUCCAGAAGACGGCUGGAAGAUCUACGACCCGAUCGCUGAGUACAAGAGACAGGGUCUUCCAAACGAGAGCUGGAUCAUCAGUAAAGUGAACAGCAGUUAUGAGGUGUGUGAGACGUAUCCUGCUCUGCUGGUCCUGCCUUCAAACGUCACCGAGGACGAACUGAAGAGAGUGGCGGCCUUUAGGGCCAAACGGCGUUUCCCUGUGCUGUCCUGGAUCCACCCCGAGAGUCAGGCCGCUAUAGUGCGCUGCAGUCAGCCACAGGUGGGCCCGUCAGACCGUCGCUGCAGGGAGGACGAACGGUACCUUCAGACGAUACUCGACGCCAACGCUCAGUCUCACAAGCUCUGCAUCUUUGAUGCUCGCCAAUGCACUGUGGCUGACACCAACAAAACCAAAGAUGGAGGAUAUGAGAAUGAGAGUUUCUACAUCAAUGUGGAGCUGAACUUUCUGGAGAUCCCCAACAUACACGUGAUGAGAGAAUCCCUUCGGAAACUCAAGGAGGUGGUGUAUCCUGCCAUCGACCAACAGCACUGGUUCUCCUCUGUGGAUUCAACGCACUGGCUGGAAUACAUCAGGCUCUUGCUAGCAGGUGCGGUUCGCAUCGCAGACCGAAUUGAGUCGGGUAAGACGUCAGUGGUGGUGCACUGCAGUGAUGGCUGGGACCGCACGGCUCAGCUCACCUCUCUGGCCAUGCUCAUGCUGGACGCGCACUACCGCUCGCUCAGGGGCUUCCAGGUGCUGCUGGAGAAGGAAUGGCUGAGCUUCGGACACCGCUUCGCUUCGCGUGUGGGACACGGAGACGGGAAUCACGCAAACUCCGAGCGCUCGCCUCUCUUUGUGCAGUUCAUCGACUGUGUCUGGCAAAUGACGCGACAGUUUCCCUCUGCGUUUGAAUUCAAUGAGCUGUUUCUGGUCACGGUGCUUGAUCACCUCUACAGCUGCCUGUUUGGGACAUUUCUCUACAACAGCGAGCAAGAGCGAGUCUCGAAGGAGGUUUACAGUAAGACCAUGUCUCUAUGGUCAUAUGUGAACAGCCAGCUUGAGGAGUUUACCAACCCGCUGUAUGUGAACUACGAGCACCAUGUUUUAUAUCCGGUAGCCAGUCUGAGACACCUAGAGCUGUGGGUCAGUUAUUAUGUGCGCUGGAAUCCUCGCAUGAGGCCACAGGUUCCUGUUCAUCAGAGUCUGAAGGAGUUGUUGGUCCUGAAGUCCGAGUUGCAGAAGAAAGUGGAGGAGCUAAAACGAGAUGCAGCUUCAUCACACUCUUUCUUCUCUUCCUCAGAGCAUGAAGGCGUACCCAUGCAGACCACUGUCUGAGCAUUUGGUCAUGAGUGCCAUCUAAAGGCCAUGAAGCCAAUGGCUAAAUCCCGUAGCACUACGUUCAACAAACAUUUUCCAUAAAAUAAGUUUUCUAUGCAUAACUUUUUGAAUUAUUUUUUUAUUUCGUCACUUAUCGUUGGGGGUAGAAACGAAAAUUGCACAUUUGGUUAAUGGCUUUAACAUCUGAGCUUCAUCAAGGGAAGGGUUUCAAACACAUACAUAUAUAUUAUACACGUGUGUGUGUGUGUUUUUUUUUUAAUCAAAUUUUGUAAUUAACAAUAAAAUGUAAUAUGAAAAUAUACUAGUGGCUUUGGCAAGAAUGUUCUUGCUCUUUUAUUGCCUCCAUGAAUUACUACUAAUUAAAAACAACAUAAUUAAGAAUCAUGCAUAAUAUAAAAUCUGUGGAUAAAUUUGCUCUGUGGUAGCGACUGACACAUUUAUUUUACACAUAAUCUGAUAAACUAUUAUUAUUUUAAAUGCAAUUCAAUAUUACUGUGACUAAUUACUAAAAGUUGCCUAAUGCAAACAUAUUUUGUUUUCUAGAUGCGUUUGUAAUGCCAAUUUUUAUUAUUUUGUUAUUUAUACAUUUUUAUAAUACUUGUCUAAUUUGUUAAAUGUUUAAUUGUGUAUAUUAAUGUUGAACACAGAAGGUUGUUGUAUGAUGAAAAAAAUCUUACAAAAACUAUAUCUGCUGCUUUUGGUAGUCCAUUAUAUCUAAUUUCUGAUGUUUCUCUCUGCAAAUGUACUUUUAAUUGGACAAAAUGUAGUUUUUUGUUUUGUUUGUUUUUUAAAUUUUUUAAAGCAUGGGUUUGAAGUACAUGUAAAUGUCAUUUAAGCUAAAUGUUAAUAAUAAAACAUUAAA